ACCAAUCAUUGAUUCCCACGAAGAAACAACGCUGGUGUGGGGUGUCAUCCGUGAAGAUUACAAACCGGAAAGGAAGUCGGAUAUUCAAUUCAAAUAAUGAAGCUGUCCUUAGUGUCUAUGAUUGCAACAUGUGUGCUCUUACAUAUGUUUUAUACUCGAGCAGAUGAUGAUGAAGCUACUAUAGAAGUGGAACAGGAAUCUGAUGCUGUGGCAGAGUCCAUUCCCUAUAGCACCCCUAAACCAAUAGGAAAUGUAUACUUAGCCGAGCAUUUUGAUGAUCCUGGAGCUUUUGAAAAAAGGUGGAUAAUCUCACAAGCCAAAAAAGACGAUGCUGAAGAAGCUAUUGCUAAGUACAGUGGUAAAUGGUCUGUGGAAGAAGCUGAGAAAAAUGGACUUGUGGGUGACUUAGGUCUGGUUCUAAAGUCUAAAGCUCACCAUCAUGCUAUCUCAUCAAGAUUGGAUAAAGCAUUUCUGUUUGAUAACAAACCCUUCAUUCUGCAGUAUGAAGUUCGGUUUCAGCACGGACAAGAAUGUGGUGGUGCCUACCUGAAGUUACUCUCUCACACUAAAGGAUUAGAUCUGAAGAGGUUCCAUGAUAAAACUCCAUACAGCAUUAUGUUUGGGCCAGACAAGUGUGGAACUGAUGAAAAGCUUCAUUUCAUUUUCCGACACAAAAACCCUAAAAAUGGCAGCUUUGAAGAAAAGCACUGGAAGAGGACUUCCUCCAUUCCAAAGUUUGAUGAUAUUUUCAAAGACAAAAAACCUCAUAUCUUCACUCUCAAAAUCACUCCUGACAACAGCUUUGAAGUCCUUAUAGAUAAGAAGAGUAUCCAGAAAGGUAGUUUGUUGGAAGAUUUCAGCCCUCCCGUUAAUCCACCAGCUGAAAUAGAUGAUCCUGAAGACAGUAAGCCAGAGGAUUGGGAUGAACAUGCUCCCAGGCAGAUUCCUGACCCCAGUGCCAUAAAGCCUGAAGGUUGGUUAGACGAUGAACCCGAAUUUAUACCAGAUCCAGAUGCCGAAAAGCCCACGGACUGGGAUGAUGAAAUGGAUGGUGAAUGGGAAGCUCCUCUUAUCAGUAACUCUAAAUGUACUAUUGGAUGUGGAAAAUGGAAACCUCCAAUGAUCGACAACCCCAAUUACAAGGGAAAAUGGAAACCAUCUAUGAUCAACAAUCCCAACUACAAGGGUAAAUGGAAGCCACGCAAGAUACCAAACCCUGAAUAUUUUGAAGACUUGAAUCCAUACAAAAUAUCAACAAUAGAGGCUGUAGGUUUUGAACUGUGGUCAAUGAGUGAUGGUAUCGUGUUUGACAACAUCAUAAUCAGUGAUGACCCAUUAGUAGUUGACCAAUGGACAGAAGACACAUGGGCAUUAAAAAAAGAAAUUGUUGACCGAGAGACGGAGAAUGUAUUAGUUCGUUUAGUGAAGUACACCAACAAGCACCCCUGGCUUUGGGCAGUCUACGUGCUAGUUAUAGGCCUUCCUGUUGUUCUUUUCAUCAGUUUUUGCUGCACUACCACACCUACUAGCAAGGUAAACUUUCUUAAUAAUAUUUUAAGUAUAUUAUUUGUGUCCAAAAAGUGUUAUAGGUUUCUAUGAAUUUAAAAAAUUUAU